AUGGCCAUCUCGGACGUCGUACAGAGCGGACUCUUCGAAGGAGACAGCGACGACCAGCAGCUGAUCCGCAUUCCAAUCCGCGCCGACGAAAACGUGGGCACCAAGCGCAGACGCAGUCGACGCAUGGACCCUCCCAGCAAGCGAUGCCGCAUGUUGUGGACCACCGCCGAGCACGACCGCUUCCUCGAGGCGCUAGAGCUCUACCCAUCUGGUCCCUGGAAGGUUAUCGCUGACCAUGUCGGGACGCGAACCACCCGUCAAACGAUGACGCACGCACAGAAGUAUCGGGAGAAGAUCGAGCGUCGGAAGCAGAAGAAGCGUAAGGGGAGCGUUGUGCGUCUUAAGACAGCUCCAGAAUCAUCAUCAAGUCCCGCCGGAGCACUUUUGGAUGAUGCCAAGGAACGUGCGGUGUUGAUGGAGUUCGUGAAAAACUUUCAGCCAAGCGAGAUCGACAUAGUGAAUCAGCCUCAGCAUCCGUACACGCAGGGUAGUUUCUUCUUGCUGAAUGUUUGCGUUUAG